CCAAAAUAGAUAUAACCAAUGGCCUCGCAUGUUGUUUUCAACAAAUUAGACUUCCGCUUACUCAACCACGUCACAGUGUCAGUAAAAAAGACUUUUAGCUAUAAACAAAGUACGAAAUAAUCAAAAUUACAGAAAAGAAAAGUCUUUUACUUUACCAUUACCCAAAAAAUCUACUUUCACCUCCUCCAUUAACCCAAAGCUCAAUCACUGGUUGAGCCAACUGUACGAGAUCCGCCGGCAACCUUCCGAUUUUUGCUGCGAUUCGAUGGUUGUCGAAUUGGUCUCUUGUGCGAUUCGUUUCUGUGGAACGAUCGAGGGAUUCUAGGGUUUUUCCGGGUGGUCGUUCCUUUAUCGAUGGUAAACAUCGAUACUUUGCUAGCUGUCGUGGCUCAGACUCAGGGAUUUGAAGACGAGGCGGUGAUUCCGGAAGAUGCUCCGUUGCGUGAGGCGGUGGUGGCGCCGGCGCCUGGGACGGAGAUCUGCGCCGUAGGGAAGAGGAAGAGAGGGCGGCCACCCAAGGGGCAGCAGCGGGUGAAGCCUCCGCCUCCGCAGCCCAAGCGGAGUAAAAUGGCGGAGGAUGAGGAGGAAGAGGACGUGUGCUUUAUCUGCUUCGAUGGUGGUUCUCUGGUGCUUUGCGAUCGCAAAGGCUGUCCCAAGGCUUACCACCCAGCGUGCAUUAAGCGAGACGAAGCAUUUUUUCGGUCAAAAGCUAAGUGGAACUGCGGAUGGCACAUAUGUAGUGUAUGUAGGAAGGCUUCUUAUUCUAUGUGCUACACGUGCACCUAUUCGCUGUGCAAGGGGUGUACUGAAUAUACAGAUUAUGUACGUAUCAGAGGAAACAAGGGAUUUUGCUCGACCUGCAUGAAAACCAUCAUGCUGAUUGAGAAUAAAGACCAACCGAACAAUGAGAUUAAGAUAGAUUUUGAUGACCAGACUAGCUGGGAGUAUCUUUUCAAGGUCUAUUGGGUAAUCUUAAAGGAGAAGUUGUCAUUGACACUGAACGAACUUACUCUAGUUAAAAAACCCCAGAAAGACGUGACUGCUGUUGGUUAUAUACCCUCGAGAAGUAUUUUGAUUCCAACUGCAGUUAGUGUAGAAAUUCCUGUUACUUGCAGUAGUACAGAUGCUUUGGAUUCGAAGAAGUCCGAUGUAGAAAAUGAUUUGCCACCACCAACCGAUCCCAACAAUGCCGAAACACUAAAUGACGGAUUCGGGAUAGUUGAGCUCACCAAACAAAGCAUGGACAAAGCCAUGCAAGAAACAGGCAUCGAGGAAGCCACUGAUGAGCCAGGGAUUGAGAGAGAUCAAGACAAUUUAAAUACUACCAAAGAUACUAACAAGCCGUGCAUCUGCAAAAACACAAAUGAGGGAUCAGGAAAAUCAGGAGUCGCGCAUUGUACUGAAUGGGCAACGAAGAACCUCUUGGAAUUUGUUGCACGCAUGAAGGACGGUGACGUUUCGGCUAUGUCGAUAUUUGGUGUGCAAACAUUAUUGAUCGAAUACAUAAAUCGAAACAACCUUUGGGAUCGCCGUCGAAAGAGUCAGAUCAAAUGUGAUCCUGGGCUCAAAAGCAUAUUCGGAAAGGCGCGUGUUGGUCACAUUGAAAUGUUGAAGCUUCUCGAGUCUCACAUUCUUGUAAAGGAGGAUUGUCAGAAUGAUUCUUCUAUUCCUGCUGGGUUUGUAAGUUCUGUUAGAAGUGAUGGGGAGGUUGAUGAAUUGGAAGAAGAUGUCAAAAGUGGUGACAGCAGUAAAAAGGGUAAAGAAGAAAGUUCUGUCCAGGCACAAGAUAGUACAAACGACAACGCAGAUGCGGGCGAAUCAAAUAGUCCGGACAACUACACGAAUCAAGAAAAUACUAAUAACUUGACUACCAACGGUACAAACGAUCAAGACAUGCAAAGGUCUGAUUUAGAUACCUCGACUGCCACUGCCUCGGUUGAAAACUCCCCGUCUCCAAACAUUACAGAAAUCGAGAAACUGUGGCAUUAUCGUGACCCUGACGGCAAAAUUCGUGGACCAUUUUCCAUGCUGCAGCUGCGUGAGUGCAGCACGACUGGACUAUACGCACCCGAUAUGAGAAUAUGGACAUAUGACGAACAAUAUGACUCGGUAUUUCUCACAGAUGCCUUGAGUGGAAGAUUUAAUGGAGCAUCUGAUUCAUCGAAUUCGGUCUCACAGUGGGAGGAGAGGGGCAGUGGGGAAAUCAAGGUAAUAAUUGAAGGUGCAAAUGUGAGUGGUGAAGAAAGUGAAAAGGUUGACACUCCUAGUAACGAUGCGAGUGUUUCAUCCAAAAAUGAUGCUGGAGCUUUGGAGGUGGAUAAUUUCAGUUCUUCUCCACGCUGUUGGGAUUUCCUUACGGAUAAUAGUAAUCAUACCGAUAAUUCGGAUGUUAAUAGUGAUGUCCAAACACAUAGGUUGCUUCCUCCACCGAGACUUGAGGAAAAACAUGAAUUACUAAUGACUUGUGGCCAAGAGUGUGAAAAUUUUCCCCACGCUGAACCAGAACAUGGAGAAAUUGAAAAAAGUUCAACCGGGCUCCUUCAGAACCCGAUCGCCAGUGGACGUGAAGUUCAGAAUGUAGAUAAUAAUUUGAAAUCUUUAAAUAUUGAUCUGAGCUCAAAUUAUACGGGACUGGCAAAAUUGCCCGUUUCAGAUAAACAGGUUCAAACCGUUGGAUUCCUCGAGCUACUGAGUUCUGCGCCGAGGCCUGACCACUUGACAGACACCAAGAAUCCCGACUUUGCAAAUUUUCCCGUCCAAAUCUCGGAAAUGGUGAACGAGCUGUGUAAAUUCCCGUUUGCAUUCUCGUUGAAGCCUCCGGAAACUACAUGCCAGGAACACGCUGUCGCCACCUCAGCAGCCCCCUCCAACCCCCCACCACCGAACAUGGCCAGCUGGCUAGCAAGCGCAAACGAGCCCAUCGAGUUUGAUGCUCUGGGUGAGGAGUCGGUUUCGGAUCUGCUGGCGGAGGUCGAUGCCAUGGAAUCUCGGGGGGAUCCGCACUCUCCUUCAGCCGCCAGUAAAUUCGCCCGCGAGUUCCUCGAGGACUGUAAGGACGAAUGCUUCGGUUCGAUCGAGGAGUUGGGCGUGAAAAACGACGCCUUGAUGAGGCAGGAGAGGGAGACGAAUGCGCCAGGUGGCGUGGGUUCAGGCCCACCGGACAUCUGUGUGGGCCCAGGUUUGGGCUUGGGCUGGGACGGGCCGAGGAAGUAUGGGUUGCGGGCCCAGUGGGGGAGGUCAAUGGCGAAAGGGCAGAGGGUGUGUAAAUUCUAUGAGAGUGGUCAUUGCAGGAAGGGGGCAUUUUGCGAUUACCUGCACCCAGCGCAUGUCGAGACAUUGCAGAUGCUAAAAUCGCCCGAAGAGCGUAGCAGAAGAAUUUCCGAAACCCCAGAGUUGCACUUUGAUCCAAAAAUGAAUCCGAAUUAUGAAUCGGAUAAAGAAGAUACCAAAAGUGCCGAUGUUAGUAAAGCAGAUAAAGAAGAAAGGACAGUCUGUACACGAAAUAGAGCGAGAAAGAAAAUCAAAUCCUUGCAAAGUUCUGUAUUAGAGACCUCACCAACACAUCCCUCAGUGGAAAACUCUCAACCGAAAAGUAUAAUCGAGACUGAGAAUCUCUGGCACCAUCGAGAUCCCAACAGUAAGAUUCAGGGCCCGUUUUCGAUGAUUCAGCUGAGAAAAUGGAGCAUGACCGGACUUUUCCCAGCUGACAUGAGAAUAUGGACGAAUCAUGAACAGUAUAAUUCGCUGCUUCUCACGGAUUACCUGGCCGGAAAAUUCCAUUUAGCUUCAGACACGUCAAAUUCUUCAGGCAUACAGAACGAGGAAGAAGAAGUGCCUACAGAUGAAAUUAGGGUUCUAAGCGAGAUUACAAGUGUCAAUAACGGACACAGUAAUCGAGCGAGUGAAAGUGAAAACGGCAAAAAGAGCGAAACCGGGCCCAUCAUGGAUGUACUAAGCCCAAACCUGCCGAAGCCAGCCGAAAUUGAGCCCGCACUGCCUGUGGAAAUUCAAAUCCCAAUCCACAGCCUCGAAAUUCUCGAGCUGCUCGGUCGCACACCGAGACCCAAUAAUGAGAAUCAUGAGUUCAUGAACUUCCCGGGCCCAAACCCGGCCCAAACGUGGAGCAGCGGCCCAUCCAAGAUGAGCGAGACGAUCGAGUUCGAUUCCCUCGGCGAGGAGUACGUUUCGGAUCUGCUCGCUGAGGUAGACGCCAUGGAGUCGAAACAGCAGCAGCAGUGUGGGACCCGCCUCUCUUCCCCGACCUCGGCCAUUAAAUUUGCCCGAGAGCUGAUGGAGUACUGCCGGGACGAAGACGACUGCUUCAGCUCGACAGGUGGCGAACAGCUGUCAGCCCGUUCGAUUUCCUGA